AUGUAUUCAUGUGGCAUCAUCGUCGUGUUUACGGACCGAUCGUCAUCCGCUGGAGCGAAGCUGACCCCGCCUGAAACGUCUUUAAUCGGUAUCUAUGCAAGCAACAAGUCCGCUCGCGUUGGUAAGUGCAUGAUACGGAAGGAGUUUGAGGAGGCCAAAGUGCAGUAUGCUCCAUACAACGACAAAAGAAUGCGUAUGCUGCUCACCCUCUGCGAGAAAUAUUUUGAUCGUAGUGCCGAAGUCGAAGACAGACGGGAGUAUCGAGAAGGCCCCCUCGCCGCAGAGAGAGCCAAACGUAAAGAAUGGCGUCAAAAAACACGCGAGGAAGCCGCUGCCGCAAUCAUGGGGAUAAAUGACCAGAUGCGCAGAGAGACGGCAGCCACCGUGGAAGAAAGACUGCAGUAUGAAGAGCGUUUUGAACGAGAUUGCAACGAGGUCCGACAGCGCCACCAAGACUUGAUGAUGAUGCUAUCAGUGAUGCAGCGCCAGGACAGCGACAAACACUGCUAA